AUGCAAAGGGUUGCCACUUGCUGCAAAGCCUAUGGAAGCUUGCUACGGUUCAAAGAGACCGUACAACAAUGGCAGAAUGUUUUGGACAGUGAGAUAUGGCAAUUAAAGGAAGCGGCUGUGAGCCUUUUUCCUCAUUUGUACUUAAGUUACAAUGAAUUACCCCCAGAGCUGAAACGUUGCUUCUCAUAUUGUGCUGUCUUUCCCAAAGAUUUUGAGAUAAAUGUAGAAGAGCUUAUUAGGCUGUGGAUAGCACAAGGUUAUGUUCGUCCAAAUCGAAGAGGUGAGCGCUUGGAGCUGGUGGGCCUUGAGUACUUCAACAAUUUGGCAAUGCGUUCCUUUUUUCAAGAAUUACAAGAAGUUGAGGGUUUGAAUUGUGUGAGGACUCUGACUUUAAGUUGUUGUGGGCUACAUGAAGUCCCAGCCGAGAUUGGAAGUUUGAAUCAUCUCCGGCACUUGGACUUAAGUUGGAAUCUUUUUGAGACACUGCCAGAAGCUAUAUGUGAUCUAUAUUAUCUGAAAACUUUUGAUAUCAGUAACUGUGGAGAUCUUUCGUGCCUUCCCCAAAGGAUUGAAGGCCUUGUACACUUGAGGCACCUUUUCAAUCUUAUUACCUAUGAAGUACAUCAAAUUCCACAAAGAUUGGGGAAGCUGACGUCACUUUGUACGUUGACUCAGUUCAACGCCAGGAGCAACUCUGAUGAUUUGGCAAUUCUGAAGUACCUGAACCAACUAGAAAGAUUGCGCAUUGAUAUUUAUGGAGAAGUAGAUUUUGGGAGUGCAGAACUUGGAAAGAAAAUUUACCUACAUGAAAUGUAUUUGUGGUUUAACCCUGGAGUCCACUUUAUGGAAACUCCAAGUUGCAUUGAAAGCAUGGAAUUGCCUCCAAACUUGCAACAACUUGCGCUAGAUAUGUAUCCAAGAAACCAGUUACCAAGUUGGCUUGUGACGAAGUCUCUCGUCAAUAACUUGACGAAGCUAAUUAUCAAUGGGCCGCGCAAUGUCUCAUCCUUGACUGACUUGUGGAAGCUGUCGUCCCUAGAAGAGCUUAGGCUCAUUAGAGUGGAAAAGCUGGAAUGUUUGGGCAAGGAAUUCUUUGGAAUCACAAUAGCACUGCAUGAGAAUAGUCAUAAUACCUUUGGUACAUUGUCAAACUCCGAGACAUCAUCUUCAGCUGAAGCAGCAGCAUUUCCUAAUUUGAGAAAAUUACAUUUUCAAUGCUGCCCAAAUUGGACAAAUUGGAAGACUUAA